AGAUCAUUCACCAUAUACUAAAUUUAAAGGCAGAAAUAUGAGAUAAAGACCAUUUUUGAAAAUAAGAUAUAAGACCAAAAAUAAAGAGUGUGCUUUGGUUUUACCACAUAAGGUUGAUGUUAUAUUCAAGGCAUAUACAUGUAUGCAUCUUAUAUUUCAUUAUUAUCGAUAAGUGCAGUUUAUGAUUUGUUUAUGGUGAAUUUUAGGAAGACUAAUGAAUGAGUAAUAUUUUUUUUAAAAAAACAUAAGUGCCAUGAUUUAUAAAGCAGCCCUCUACCUUAAACUACUCUUGGAUCAACCAUGAUGAAAAUAGAAUGUGAAUUAUAUUUGUUGACCAGAAAGUUUACAGUAGGACUCAAAUCAAGACCUUAAAACACUGGUGAAAAAAUUGUGGAAAACAAAUUUUAAGGGCCAUAAAUCUAAAUGUAAAGGUAUAUCACCUGUGAUCAAAGUAGAGUGUGAUCUAUAGUUCUUCAUUAAAAACUUACAUAGCAAAUUUCAAAUCGAUACCGCAAAGCAUUACCAGAAAAGGAGAGGCAGAAAUAAAAUGGAACGGACAGAAAGUUUCACCGGCAGGGGACCAGUGAAACUACAGAAUUCAUUAUCAGGAUAAUACAGGUUAUGGUUAUAUUUACAACAAAGGCCCUGAAAAUCAACACAUUCUGAAAAAUUCAUUUCACAACAUCAGAAUAUCAUUGUUUUUGUCUCUCUUUCUGUUUUGGACAGAUUCAUGUUUUAGGUAUUAUCAAAGCUUACUCUCUCUACCCACACAACUUUUGAACAACAGAAGGGAUGUUUUGUAUCUGGAGUCUGGGGAAAUGGUGGCUGUCAAGAAGUUCAAAGACAGUGAAGAAAAUGAUGAUGUCAAAAGAACAACACUUCGAGAGCUCAAAAUGCUGCGGACCCUCAAGCAGGAGAACAUUGUUGAACUGCGGGAGGCUUUCCGCCGGAAAGGAAAACUGUAUCUGGUGUUUGAAUAUGUAGAACGGAACAUGCUUGAGCUGCUGGAAGAGAUGCCAAAUGGAGUUCCAACAGAGAAAGUGAAGAGUUACACAUACCAGCUGUGUAAGGCCAUCCAGUGGUGUCACUGUCAGGACAUCAUCCACAGAGACAUAAAGCCUGAAAAUUUACUCAUCAGCGUGAAUGAUACCCUGAAGCUGUGUGACUUUGGGUUCGCCAGAAGUAUACACGGAGGCCUAGUGGGUGUUUAUACAGACUAUGUCGCCACAAGAUGGUAUCGAUCACCUGAACUCUUGCUUGGAUCAGCCUAUGGGAAGGCAGUAGACAUUUGGUCCAUUGGGUGCAUUCUGGGAGAACUGAGUGAUGGACAGCCACUGUUUCCGGGAGAGAGUGAAAUUGACCAGCUGUAUGUCAUUCAGAAGGUUUUGGGACCUCUCCCUGCUGAGCAGAUGAAGAUGUUUUUUGCUAAUCCUAGGUUUUCAGGGCUGAAGUUUCCAUCAGUAGCAAGGCCUCAAACCUUACCAAAGCGUUAUCAUGGAAUUCUCAGUGGUGUGCUAAUAGAUUUCAUGGAUAAAACAUUGAAACUGGACCCAAAUCAGCGAUAUCUGAUUGAUGACUGCUUGGAACAUGAAGCGUUCCGAACGGAGCAUUUACUCAAUCGUAACCAGAUCCAACUACGAAGGGUCAACACUCAGAGUGGUAGCAAGAAACGCAAAAACAACUAUACAGAACAGAUUCAAAGUGAGAAUCUUAAAAAUAUCCAAAACAGUCGUCCUGAUUCAGGGGACUCCAGUGAUCCUCCGCCUCGAGCUGUUGUGAUAGUUGAAAGACAGGAAGAAAAAAUGGACACUGAUGAUGACAUAUACAAUUCUCCAGCUCGAAGCAAAUACAUAAAGCAGGCUAAAAAUGUGUCUAAAAGCAAUGCUGAAAAACAAAACAGUCAAAGUGAUGUCAAAGUUCAGAAGGACAACCAAAAGGUUGAAAAACAUAUCAGUACAAUUAUUGAAGCUCCGCCCCCAAAAUCUGCCUCACAGAAAAUGGGUGGGGCAAAGUCAUCACAAGGAAGUAAAUCAGGAAAGGGUGCAACCCAAUCCAGUAAUGUUGUAGAUACUCAGAAAAGCAGUCAAGCAGAGAAAAUGGAAAAAGGAGGAACUAGUUCGAAUGUGUCUAAAAAUCCACAAAGUGGAAGAGGAAGUGCUAAAGACAGGGAAAGGGGUGCAAUUACAGCUGACUUAAAACUCAACUUAACAAAUGGCAAUGUACCCUCUGAAAAACCAACACCCACAGACUCAACACAGUAUAGGGCAAGAACUCCCAAAGUGGAGAAAGUCACCACUAUAGACAAUAAAACAUUGAAAAUCAUCAGUGACACAAAACAUGGAGCUACGUUCUCUGAUGUUCAUCGAUUUGGACUGGACAACAGUAUGGACUCUUCAUUCAGUGGAAUGUCCACUGAAGAAUCUAGUGCAACUUCAGGGACAUACACAUCCACAACUACAGACACCAGUGGAAUGUCAUAUGAUCCUCUCGAGUUGGCCGCUACUCAUAGCGAGUCAAAAUAUCUGAAAAACAAAGACAGUGUCAAGAUUGUACCUCCCCCUGACCUAAAGAUUGGCAAGCUUUCUGAUCCUGACUCUCCAAUGUUGACACCAAGGGACCCUAAAUCUAGUCUUUUCAUCAACACUAGUAGAUCUAGCACUUACACAGUUAAUUUACAAGCACCUCACACUGAAAACUUGGAAUCUCAACAAAGAGAAGCAAACAGUCCUCAGCACGAGCGCAGAAAGUUUCUGGACAAGGCAAUGCAGGAAGAACUUCACAGAAUUAAGUCCAGCACAAUGCGUAAAAAGGGCAUGGACAAAAAUCACCAAGGCUCUUUUAUCCAGACAAUCACAGACCGUCUCUCUGAUGCUAAGUUGCAAAAUGCUGAUAUUUCUUCACACCCAUACAACACAAACAAAUACAGGGAGAGCAGCUUUAUCAACUAUGGGAACAAGCAGUCCGUCAAACGCAACCGCAGGGAAAACUAUGAUCGAAGGGUAAAUCCCUUUGUUAUGUUGCGGGAAAGAUCAGCAGUAGAUAGCAAUUAUGAUAGCAACCCUCAAGUUGUCACAAUAACAGAUAGUCAUAGACCUGGGAAGGAGGUUCUCGAUAACAAGCUGUUAACACAGCGAACAGACUUGUCUUUCCAUCGAGAACAGAGCAACAUCAAUAUGGGUGGCCCGCCCGUACAGGUCCGUUCUCACAGUAAAUAUGUAACUCUCAACUCAGAUCAGCCCGGGAUGGGAUACCAACACCAACGUAUGUUUCCACAACAUGAUAACUCAUCGUGGCGACAAGCUGACUCCACAAACAUAGAACGGGGGAACAGUUCUAAUAAUACUCUACAACAGCUAGCGAAGAAAAAGAAAAAGAAGAAGUUUCUGCAGGUUCUUGCAAAUAAUAUUCCUAUCAGAACUAUUCAGAUCCUGGCCAAUGAAAAUACAGGAAGGAUGACACCAACAAGCAGACUUCACAUGACACCAUCUCGAGCCAGUCGCAUAGAUUUUGAUGUUGAAGAUGAAAAUGACGGCCAAAUAUCUGCCAGAGAACCUUUACAAAAUUCAGGACGUGAUUAUAAAGAUAUUUACGACAACAAGCUUCGAUAUGAAAAAAGUCAAGUAAAUAUCCAAAAACGAACCAAGACUCCUAUUGAUAAGGGAACUCGCUUACAACCCUUGCAGAAACCCCACUAUCUAAGUCAGCAACAAGGGAUGGACUCCUUGUGGCCUUACCACAAUAAAUCCGAAACUGAUGCUCGUCUGGGAACAAUUUCCAGUAUGGAUGUGCGUCCGGGAUGGUUGUCUAGGCCAGGGUCUGUUUUAGCAGAGGACUAUCCUGAUUUGUAUUCCCACACACCACGAGACCAGAGCGAUCUCAAAUCUGUCAAAAGUGGCAAGCCACGCCUUCCUGGAGACUAUCGAUCUGGUCGGGACUGAAUGUUUUGUGAAUGGAGGAUUUCAUUGAAAAGUGAGAGAUCGUGCUGAUGUGAAAAUGUUCAGGGAGACAAAACAGUUACUCAAGAGAUGAAAGCAAGAGUGCAUAGAAUGUGAGAGAGACCAGACAUUGUUUUCUUGUUCCUAUUUUUCAAGCCAAAUUUUCCUGUUUGAUUCCUUUGUGUAUGGUCAUUGAAAAGAUUGGCAUUUUGUUCAGUCUUAGUUACGUUUUUUUUUAUGUUCUCUACAUAUCGUGUGUACAUUUACUAUCUACUCCAGGCAGUAUGUAUUGAUGUUAACCCAGAAGUUGGCAUAUACAUGUUUCUUAUAGCCUUAUUUAUUAUCUUACUCAACCAAAGCAUUAUCUAGUUUCCAGUUUAUAGUAACAAAAUGUGUAUUUAUUGAUAAUUAGCCAUUCAUUAACCUAUGCUAUUUUUCAAGUGUCUCUUUGAUCAUGAAUCUAUGAACAUUCUGUUCAUAACAAACAUAAUAUUAUAAAGUUGCAGCCUGAUAAAAAAUUUUAAACUGGUCAAAUGUUUUGGUACAUUUCUAUGUUUCGUAUUUGUCGUAUGGAUGUACAAUAGUAAAUUAUUAGCUUUGUGUCGCGAUAUGAAAUCUACGGAAGCCGAUAGGUGCCAGGUAUAGAAUUGAUAUUCAUUAACAGGUGGCUGCCUGUUAAUUUAUGUGGCUGCCGCCACUUAUUAACUGACAGCUGCCACUUAUUACCUGGCGGCCACCAUAUAAAUUAACUGGCGGCCGUCACUUAUUUUAUCUGGCAACUGCCACUUAAUUUAUACAUGGCGGCUGCCAAUUUCAAAAACAAUGUAACUCAUAUUGCUGAGUGAUUAUUUUGGAAAGAUUUAGAAUAGUACAAACAUGUAGGAUUGUUUUUCAAAGUGUUGGGAUAGUCGGAGGAGAAAUUGUCUUCUACAAUUGUUGACAAGCAGAAAAGGAACCUAAAAUUUUCUCUUUUGCCCAAACUUCAUCCUCCUAAAUUGGAGGGAGGGGGCUCCAUUCAUCCUUCAAUUCAUCAGUUCAUUCAUUAUUAUAUUUUUACCAUUCAUUACUACCACCAAAAGAAUAGGAUGGGGGCUAGUCAGCCAAUUAAUCUUAUUUCACAUGUGAAAAUAACUUUGCAUAUGAAAAUAAGAAAAAAGAACGUUGUCAAAAAAGUGAAGGGUGAGCACCCUGGUUCUACGUGCCUGAUAUGUUGGUAUAUAAGUUAAUUUCAGUUUUUUAGCAUAAAACCAGACGGUUUACAGGCAUGUACAAAUGAAGAUUUGCACAUGCGCGAAUCUGCCGACAUUUCAUAUCGCGAACAUUUAUAUAGAGUUGUAAAUUAACAGCACAAUCGAAAAACAAUAAUGUUCUUAAUUGUAUAUCGCAUACAUAUUACUAAGUAUUGGAGAGGAGAGGGAGAUUAAAGGGAUUGCACCCCUUUGAUUUUCAGAGAGAGAGAGAGGAGAGAGAGAGGAGAGUUGAAGUUGGAUUAAGUGGCGGCCGCCACAUAGAUUAAGUGAUGGCCGCCAGAUAGAUUAAUUGGCGGCCACCAGCUAAUUUAUAUGGCAGCCGCCAGAUAAGUGGAGGUCACCAGAUAAUAAGCGGUGGCCGCCAGUUAAAUCAAGUGAUGGCUGCCAUAUAAAUUAACUGGCAGCCGCCAGUUAAUUUAUAUGGCGACCGCCACUUAAUUUAUGUGGCAGCCGCCAGUUAGAUUAAGUGGCAGCUGCCACAUAGAUUAAGUGGCAGCUGCCACAUAGAUUAAGUGGUGGCUGCCAGAUAAUUUAUAUGGCGGCCACCAGAUAUAAGUGGCAGCUGCCAGUUAAAUUAAGUGGCGACCGCCAGUUCAAAUGAACAUUAAUUCUGUACCCUGGCACCUAUUGGCUUCCAUAGAAAUCCAUUCUUUAGGGUCUUUUAGUACUUACAAAGUUGAUGUCAAAGUCAUAUUCUGUAUUCUGUCAGAUUUUUAAUGCAUUGACCAAACUCUGAAAAAUCAAGAAGUACGAUAAAGCAUGGUUUUUAUUUUUAAAAGAUAUAUAUAUAUAUAUAUCAUUAACAAUAGAAGACAUUUUCAGUGAUUUUGAUAUGCAAUUAAUAGUUAUCUUUAAUGUCUAUGUGUACAAAGUCCUUAAUAGAAAUUAUAUGGUAUUUGUCGAUUUGAUGGUCACAAAUAUAUGUACUUUUUUUUCAAAGUCCGUCCAAAUCAAUAAUAUUUUAAUUGUUGUCAUAUAGCGCAUUUUUUUUUUCUUAAAUAACUGGUGGCAAAAUUUGUGCUUGAUUAUUUUCACCAUUUGUUUCAAGGAGUUCUGCUGAUGUUUACUGCUGUUUUUGAACACUCUAUCUCCAUUAUUUUUUUAUAUAACAGUUUAAGGGAGACCAAGAGAAAGUGUUAAUCAAACAUUGUAUUUUGUCCAGUCCUUAAAACAGAAAGAUGGUUCCGACUGAUUUGAUAUUGGAAACGACUGCCUACCACACCCUCCACGGAUCCAGAAUAUCAAUUAAUCUUUGUAAUUUGUGUAUUUUGAAAAUAGAAGUAUUGAUCAAACAUGUUCUGAAAAGAAAUUAGUCUUUGAAACACUGCUGGGUUUUUUUGCCCUCCCCCAGCUGUUGCUAGUGAAUGUGAUAUACUCAAUAAUUUCCCAGUAUUACGUAUCCCUCUAACUCUGUUGUCUACUACCUCAUUUUAAUGCCUGUGUCUAGGUUCAUUAGUGCCUGAUUUAAGCAUUAUUUUUGCCAUGUUUAAAAUUAUGUGCAAGACAUAAUGGUUAAUACAUGGUAUGGAUAGACAUUAAGUUUAGAUUUGUAGUUUUUACGAAAUUGUAGAGCAGUGGUAUUCAGUGACCUGUACCUUCAUGGAGAUCCACCUAUUUGAUACCACAUAUUAAACUUACUCAGAUUUUUCGAAAUGAAAUAGUGUUGCAGCUCUCUUUUUUUUCCCUAUUUUCUUCUUUCCAAUUUUUUAAAAUCCUUUCAGAAAUGUUGAUGAUGAAACAUACAUUUAUUUAUUCCUUAGUGUUUCACCAGAUUAUAUUAAUCUGCAAUUACAUCAUUCAUUUGAAUAUUCAUAAUAUCAUGAUAGGUAAAAUAUCUUGUAUAUUUUGAUACACAAUUUGUAUUUUUCACUGCCUCAAAGCAAAUUGUCAUUGUUUUAUGUUUUAUGUGCAGAAUAUCACAAUAUUGUCAUCUAGCAAAUGUGCCAUCAGUUUAAAAAUCGACUAAAUGAAAAUGAAACGAAAUAAACUUUACGUAACCUAUAAAGUUUAAA